GUCACUGGCAGGCUCAGAAACAAGAGGAAUGCUUGACCUUCCUGGGGUGGAGAGUGUGCUGAGAGGAGAAAAACUGCCCAGGUAGAAAUGUUCUGGGAAAAAUGAUGGGCACACACUCCCUUCACCAACUUCAGCAUGGCUGUCACCCUCCUGGGAGCACAGGCAGCAAGCUGGGGGCACCAGCAGCGAGCAGGACUCGUGGUUCUCUGCAGAGCAGAGGCUGUUCCCUCGGAAGUGUCACAGCCAGGGCACAGUGCAGCCCGGACAGCGCGGUCACAGGGCACACCUGGCUUAUCUUCCAGCUGUCUGAGCUGCAAGAGGCUUCCCUGGGUGGAGAGAGCUGGACUUCUUGUGGACUGUGCCCUUGGGUGUAGGCAGGUGGAGGUUAAGACACCGGGUUCAGGGCUUUAGGAUCCCGGAGAGGAGGCACACCCCAAGCCCCAGCUGUCACACUGCUCCCAGGCUUUGCCUCUUGCCAGCAGCCACGGUCCAUCCCUGUUUCUGCACCAUGUCCUGGCUAGAAAGGCUUGAACUAAAGGGUUGAUGAAGGACCUGGGUUCACAAAAGUGCCUGACCCCAAAGCCACUUCCUCCUUUCCUCCCGUGGUAACUGCGGGGGCCCAGUGGGGUCCCUGGAGAAGGUGAGGACCAGUCCUGGCUGGCUGCUGUGGAGCUGCUUGGCACAUCCUCAUCUCCCUGGUCAGAGGCUGUCCUAGUGCCAGCCCAAACCUCUCCCCUCAGCUGAUGAUGCCCAAAGACAAAUCCUCCCCACCAAGGAUGCUCGAGGGCUGUUUUCAGACAGCUCCUGCAAUGGAGUCUGAACUUCCUUCCAUGGCCUGCAGCAGGCUGCUCUCUGAGCCCUCAUCUCCUUCAUUCCAGCUCCUUCCUGGUGGCAUCUCUUGUGUACAGAGAGAGCCAAGACUUCCCUGGGGGAGAUGACGGGGGACACAGAUGAUGCUGUGGUAACUGGCCCAGACUGCAGCUACUGAGAGACCUCAUCUGCCACUGCAUGGUCUUUGGAACUGGUGCAUCAGGUGAAAGAAGUCUUGUUCAUGUAAGACUCAUUAUAAAAAUCAAGAGGGUUUGCAAGUGCUCAAGAAGCUUGAAGAAUAGAAGCUGUAAGGGAAGACCUCACUGGAAGUCAAAGAGAUGAGGUUGGGUGCGUUGCCCACAGCUUCCAGAACAACCACCAAGUUCUAAAAUUGGCUCUGGGUUCAGAAGGACGUCAGAUCCCUCAGAUCAGACCCAUGAUGGAGGUGGGUUGAUGCCCAAGGCCCAGACUGAAUUCCCCUCUCGCAUUGCUGAGACAUGCAACUCGUGGAGAGAUUCUGCAGAUGAGUCUGACUUCUGUGGUUUCCUGGAGUCUGGUCUCAGGCUAUAAAACCUUGCUGGGAGCAGGACGAGACCCCAGACGCAGCCCCACCUCUAAGGGAUCCGCUGAAGGCCAGAAGGCUGUGAUGGAGCACCUGCAGACUCUCCUGCUGUCCCUCCUGCUGGUGAUGUGUCCCCCAGCCAGCACCACCCCAUCCAUUGCAGAUUAUCCCUGGAAGUGGAAGGAGAGAGGAGGAGAAGCCAAGGCAGCCUCCAGGGCACACCCCACCCCCUACAUGGCCUACCUGCAGGGGAAGGACAAGAACUUCUGUGGGGGCUUCCUCGUGGCCCCCGGCUGGGUGAUGACGGCGGCUCAGUGCCUCGUCCACAAACCUCUGACGGUCAUCCUGGGAGCCCACACGCUCCAGAGGAGAGAGGACAGCUGGCAAACCUUCGAGGUCAAGGAGUACCACUGCCACCCGGGUUUUACAAGCCCUAAGAAGGGAAAUGACAUCCUUUUGCUGAAGCUGAAUGGCAAUGCCACCAGCAACAGCCACGUCAGGCCCAUUUCCUUUGAGAAAUCCAAAGUUCGUGGUGGGAGCGAGUGCAGCGUGGCUGGCUGGGGACACAGGACAGCUGAUGUCACCCUGCGUGAGGCCACUGUCACCGUCAUCAGACAAAGGGACUGCCUCAGCCACUACCCAGGACUCGCUGACAACUUGAUUUGUGGCCGCAGCAGAUCCUCUGGGGUACCUGAAAAGGGUGAUGCUGGGGAUCCGCUGGUCUGCAACAACAAAGCCUACGGCAUCUUCUCCUACAGACACAACAACUGGCCUGGCUUCUACACACACAUCGCUCCUUUCCUCCCCUGGGUCAACAGCGUCAUGAAGUCAGCGUGACCCUGCUCCCCCUGCAGAGCCCCGUCCUCACCAGCUUCCUUUCCCUUUCUCCCUGGAAAACAUCUCCCACUGCUCCUCGUGAAUGGGGCAAGGACUUCUCUGUGGCCAAGCCGAGCUGUGUCCGUGGUGGGGCUGGCACUGAGGUUGUGCCCUGGCUGUGUUUGUCCCCUGUGCACAUGGGGAGUGCCUGCUGCCCUUCCCUGCUGCCCUGACUGAGCCCUCCGUGGCUCCAGCUGCGGAGAGGGAGCAGCAGGACGGCCCAGAGAGGUUCCAGGAGCUGGGGAGAUGUCUGUAACCCUCAGGGGAAGGCUGCACAAUGAGAUCAGAGGGAUCCAAAGAGCAGCCUCCUCCCUGUGUGUCAUUUGUGACACCACACAUCUGGCUGUCCAAGCUCCAAGGAGGACACUUCCAGCUCCUGCUUCACUACUGCUGUCCCUACCUCUGAAACUGCUGCCUCCUCUCUCCCCUCUUCUGUAGCUCCAGUGUCGUGGGAACACAUAAAAACAAUAAAUCUCCUCAG